AUGGGGAGAUCACUUCCAAGCCAAUGGUGCUAUUCCUGGGACCGUGGAGCGUCGGCAAAUCCUCCAUGAUAAACUACCUCCUUGGGCUGGACGACACUCCCUACCAGCUCUACACAGGGGCAGAACCCACCACCUCCGAAUUCACCGUCAUCAUGCACGGCCCCAAGCUGAAGACCAUCGAGGGCAUCGUGAUGGCUGCUGACAGCGCCCGCUCCUUCUCACCCCUGGAGAAGUUUGGGCAGAACUUCUUGGAGAAGCUGAUAGGGAUCGAGGUGCCCCACAAACUGCUGGAGCGGGUCACCUUUGUGGACACACCGGGCAUCAUUGAGAACCGCAAACAGCAAGAACGAGGUUACCCAUUCAACGAUGUGUGCCAGUGGUUCAUUGACAGAGCUGACCUCAUCUUCGUUGUCUUUGACCCUACGAAGCUGGAUGUGGGCUUGGAGCUGGAGAUGCUGUUUCGCCAGCUGAAGGGCCGCGAGUCUCAGAUCCGAAUCAUCUUGAACAAAGCCGACAGCCUGGCUACCCAGGAGCUCAUGAGAGUCUAUGGGGCCUUAUUCUGGAGCCUGGCUCCUCUCAUCAACGUCACAGAGCCACCCCGGGUGUAUGUUAGCUCCUUCUGGCCGCAGGAGUACCAUCCGGACACCCACAAAGACCUGUUCCUCAAAGAAGAGAUAUCGCUCCUGGAAGAUCUCAACCAGGUGAUUGAGAACAGGAUGGAAAAUAAGAUUGCCUUCAUACGCCAGCACGCCAUCCGGGUGCGCAUCCACGCCCUCUUGGUCGAUCGCUACCUACAGACCUACAAGGACAAAAUGACCUUCUUUAGCGAUGGAGAACUGGUGUUCAGGGACAUUGUGGAAGAUCCUGACAAGUUCUUUAUCUUUAAGUCCAUUCUGGCAAAGACCAAUGUCAGCAAAUUUGACCUCCCCAACCGUGAGGCUUACAAGGACUUCUUUGGCAUCAACCCCAUCACCAGUUUUAAGCUGCUGUCUCAGCAGUGUUCCUACAUGGGAGGGUGUUACCUGGAGAAGAUCGAGAAGGCCAUCGCUCGCGAGCUUCCCGAUCUCUUGGGAAGCAUUGGCUUGGGGAAGAAGCCCAACGUUCUCUCCUGCGACGUCACUGGCUGUGGCGAAACCCCAAAGAAUCGUUACAGGAAACCCUAAGGUGUUCUGUGAUAUAACCGUCCACGUGUUCCUACCGGUGAAUGAGCUUAUGUCUUAUCUGUCCAAGCAGCCACGGUUUGUUAACCCUUUGAGCGCCACACUGGCAAAGGCUACCGUACGAUGAGGACUUGUCUUUGACAUCGAUGGCAGGGGAAGAUGGGUGGGCAUAAGAAAGAGAAUAAAAACUGUGAAU